CCUUUGUUGGCUGGAAGCUCCAAAAUUAUCCGUCUUUUCUCUUUGAACUUAGGAUUCGCCCGUUCUUUUUUAUUUUAGAGUUAAAUGCACAGUUCCGAAACAUUUUUUUCCGACUAGCUGAAGCUCGAAAGCUUUUCCGAUCGCUGUUGCCCGUGAGUUCUGCAAUUUUCGCAGUGCUCAAGCAUGGACGAGAUUUUCUCAUUCAUUCUCACCACGUGUUAAAGUUUGUCCGUAAAAAAGGUUAAAAAAUCAACGAAGAGCACAAAAUUUAGAGCCACUUCGAAAGGAUGGAAAGUUUAGUGUUCGAGGUAGCUCGGAAAAACUCCAAAACGUGCCAAAUCGAAGGAUGUCAUGAAAUUACAGUUGGUUCCAGAACGGCCUUGUGCCGAAAGCACCGCAACAAUAGAUACAAACAAAAUUACAAGAAGAAAAAACGCAAGGCCCAAGGAUCUGAGGAAAUACAGAGUGAGUCUAUCGAAAACCAACUUGCAGAAGAAAAAUGUUUGAUGGAACAGAAAUAUGCCAGUAUGCUGCAACAAGUGUUAGCUCAGAAGCAGUUGGAAUUGUUACAAUCUGAAAAAGUGAUCCAGGUUUUAAGAGCCCAUCAAAGGAGAGUUAAAGAAGAAAAAAUAAAGGAAAUUCAAGAGAGGAAAGAGAAGAAAGAACAUGAGCCACCCAAAGAAACUUUAGAUCUACGUAUGCCACUUAGUGGUUUGGUUAAAGAUGGCUCAGUCACAGAGAAAAGUCCUUCCAAGGCAUUUAAAACUACCAAGAACUCUGGUAAAACAAAUCAGAGCAAAAAGAACUCUAAUAAGGGAUCACCCUCUAAAGAUGCUCGUCUAGGAAAUAAUCUUUCUUUCUCAAGACACAUGGAAAAUGUUUCAACACCCCCUUUGCCAGAUUUAGUACCAGCAGGAAUAAGUGUUCCACCUUACUUAGGAAACAGGAAUGGAAACUUUGCAGGACAAAACCCAUAUGGUGCCACUGGCUCACCACAGCUGACUCCAAUCCAACCUGCCAUUAUGUCACCUCAGCGGAUUCCUAAGAUUGAAAAAGUAUUUAGUUACCAGCCAGCAAUGAGCACUGUUAGUAAUUCCUCCAAAGUUUGCAUGGAUGCUGCUGUUAAAGACCUUUCUCCAGGAAAUCAUGGAAAAGGUUCUGCAGUCCCCACCAAUCAACCAAGGCCAGCUCCUGGUGCAAUUUCCCAGCACUCAAACACAGAUAUGAACAAUUUUAUUCUUCUUAACUCCAAAGCUGUUCAUAGUACUCAAGCCAGACUACUGCAGAAUUUACUGCCAUACCCAACAGUCCAAAAUAGCAUUCCAAGUAGUGCAAAUAUCACCUCCCAAGCAGGGCAAACAAGGCCAUCUUUUCAAAAUAUGUUGACACCAUGCUCAUCUACAUCUGUAUCAACUGGAGGAAGCGGUGCAGGGAUGCUGCACCAAAGUCAGAUGAGUUUUCCAAUCACAAACUUUAGCCAGGCAAUGUCAAUGCCAAAUAACAGUCAGAUUGUAACUACAGGAACAUGUACACAAUCUCACCUAACAAGCCAGGUUGAUGUAUCACAAAACUGGUCAAACCAGAUGGCACAGGGAAGGCUGCAGACUCCUUCAGUACAGGAUGACUUCCUGCUUCAGAUGCUUCAGGAAAACAAAGAGCAGCAAGUCCAACUUGGUGCCCAGUCCCAAACAAACAGUGGGUUGUCCAGUAUAGAUCACGUGAUACCUGAUUCCUCUUGGGCUGCAAUGACCAUUGGGAUAUGACAGCAUGAGGCGUGGCUACGUAGUCUACUCAUGCUCAAUCCUUGUGUUCCAAUUUUCUGUACCUCUCAACAUAAGUUUUAUACUUUUUUAUUCAUCUUCCCUUACGCUGAAGUCGUUACAUAUUACAACUACGUUUUGAGCCUAGGAAUCGUGUUAAUUAUUUUAUAUGUUCAGAGCCAAUAUUCUUUCACUGUGUUUUGUGUUCAAAGGUUGCUUAUAAGGAAGAAAACAGCGAGAACUAUGCCACGUCUUCUGAAAAAAAAACCAACCAAACUAACACGAUGUAUUGGGUGCAUUUCGAAAGAGUGUCAAUAAAUCAGAACCAACUAAAAACCGCAGCCAUUAGAACAAAGAAAAUGUACUCCUUUUUUUUCUCAAAAGAGUAACAUUGUUAAGUCCCACCCAAAUUUUAAUACCAAGGUGUGGUAUUCAGUUUUAAAUGUACAACUUCUCUUUUACCGACGGGCGCCGUCAUGUGACAACUUUGACAAGUUGCUAGGCAACAUGCAUGAAGAAAAUCACUCGCUCACAAAGUCAUCACUGUAGCUUUCAAAGUUGUUUUACUGUGGGCUGUUGACAUUUGCAUUUUUAUAUUAUGAACUAGUAUUGUUCAUGAUUCACGUUUGUUACUUUAUCCGCCUUGCAUCUUUCUCGCAAUUAA